CGCCGGGCCCCGCCGCCGGGAAAGGCCCGGGCUCACAGGACCAGGAAAAUGCACAUACGCAGAUGUCGGAUGAGGACAGAGGAUUUGGUUCAGCUGUAAUUAAUCUUUAUAGAUUAAUGGCUGCCAUGUCAAACGGGAUUCCCAUUCCUGAUUGCUAUUGAGUGACCUCUUCUGCAAAGUGUACCUGUCAGGGUGUUAAAUGGCUGAUCUCUGAUGGUCAUGUGUCUGCCCUUCCACGGUCAAACACCCUGAAUAAUGGCUGAUUGAUUGAAUGAGCGAACACAGAGCUGCUGGCCCCACGGAACUGCAUGCUAGCAGAAACCUUAAGAGGAAGGGUAAAACCCUUUUCCUUCUGCGGCCAAGUGGGCAGCUUUCAAAGCAGAUCUCUGGAUCACUGCACAGACCAGUUAUCAGGCGCGAGGAUCUGAAAUGCAGAAGGAAUUUGCUGAAAUGCACUCGGGGACUAGCCAGCAACAUUCUCUGGCACUAAAUGGAUCUAUUGGAGAAAGUGCAAUGCUACACCCAGUUGGGACUCCUGACUACAGACCACAAUGUUCCAAGGAAGGAGAGGUUCAAAUUCAGAUGGAUGCAUCUGAAGAGCCAAGCAAUAGACGUGGGUCAGGUGGCGCACGCUCAAACUCUUCUCAUUCACAUUCUCACUCUCACUCUCAUUCUCACUCUCACUCCAGAGAAGGCCCUGCUGGAGAAAGACCUGAACCAGAAGACGGGGAACCUAGAAACUCUUUCUCAGAACUUCGGUACAUCCUUCGGUGGCUUCAGAAGAGUUUGCCGUACAUUCUUAUACUUUGCACCAAACUGGUGUUUCAGCAUUCACUCGGUAUUGCAGUUGGCGGUGGACUGUGUGUAACAUUUCUUUAUGCAAACAGGGCUAUUAUAAAUCAGGUCUUCCUGCAGGAGCGUCGCUCAUUAUUGCAGUGUGCUUGGUUGCUGGGAUUUUUAACAGGAUCUUCCCUUCUCCUCUACGACACUUUCCAGUCACAAUCACUUUACUACAGCUUGAUCUUUCUGCCUCCUAAUGUUGAUCCCAUUGGAUUUUGGGACGCGUUGUGGAUCGUGGGAAUCGCAGACUUCAUAUUGAAGUUUGUUUGUUUGGGGUUCAAGUGCCUUGUUCUCCUGGUGCCUUUACCUCUGAUGUCAUUCAAAUCUCGGGGUCAGUGGUACAUGAUCAUUGAAGAAGUGAGCCAAUUUCACCGUUCCUUCAUGCCUUUGCCAGUUUGGUUCCGAUACCUGAUUGGCAAUAAAGAAUCCGAAGGGUUUAUGAUCUGGACACUCGGCAUACUGCUAAGCUUGUUCUACCUCAUACUCAAGCUCCUCGAGGUGUAUGGACAGUGGAGCAGAUUCAGGAGCGCUCUACAAAGUUUUUUCCAUAAGCAGCUCUAUGGGAUAGCAGCCAGUCAGCACCAAUGCAGUGACGCUGGUGAGAUUUGUCCAAUCUGCCAGGCAGAGUUUAGAGAACCCGUUCUCCUAACCUGUCAGCACAUAUUCUGUGAGGAGUGCAUCUCGCUCUGGUUUAAUCGAGAGAAAACCUGUCCCCUAUGUCGGACUGUCAUCUUGGACCAUGUUCAGCCUUGGCGAGAUGGAGCAACCUCCACACAUUUACAGGUUUACUGACCAGCUUCUGGAAAGCAGUGGGAUAGAACGGACUUUAAUACAGAAGAAGAUUGAAGUUUUUUAAAAAAAUACUUUAGUAAUAAACUGUUCAAAAGCUUUAUUUUGUGAACCGGAGACAUUUGAUUUGAUCAGAAUAUUUUAAUUCAAUGUGUCUGCUGUUUUCAUUGUAAAAUACACUUGUGGUUAUUGUGGAGUCCUGUAGCUCAGUGGUUAGAGCACUCGCCUCGCAAGCGAGGACCUGGGUUUGAUUCCCAGGCAGUGUGAAACGUUGGGCAAGUUUCCUUACUCCACAUGCCUCUGUUUACCUAGCAAGAACCCGGUUGUUAGUGUAUUGGUGGAUUGCUUUUCUGGGGAUAAUAAUCCCUUCAAAAUAAAGUGUUUAAAACAAACUAUUAUUGAACUGUGCAUCUGCUUAGAGAUGCAACCUUUUGGAUUCUUUAGGAUCAGUCUUUACAUGAUCAGUCGAUUGCAAAAUAUCAGUACAAAAAGAGAGUGGAUUCAGAUCUUUGAUGAAUAAAAUCAGCAAAAAAAAAGCCAAAUCACUUGGGAGUCGCUUUCAGUUUAAGAGUAAGCACAAAUUAGUCAUAAAUAGUAGUUCAGUUUAUAUUGGUGGAGAUUAAGUCUCUCUUCACCUAUGUUGGAAACAUUAAUAAUUAUGAUAAACUAAAUAUUUUUACAGCAAUGUAUUGCUCAGUUUACCAAAAAUAGUGUGAAAAAUUCCUCCCGAUUUGACCUGACCAUCUGUGUAUUGCAGUGUUUGGUGUGGUAAACGUGACUGUCUAGAAAUUAUGUUGAUGCACAUCACAGGUGGUGUCCAUUACAAAGUCUAAAAAAUCUGGAGGUGUCACUUCCUUAACACAAAAUGCAGUAAUUGAGAGGUUGAAGUUCACAUUCACACAGAUAGCCAUCCAUGUCUUUUGAAUGAAAAUGUAAAAUAUUUAUGUUUAUCAAAAUAUUAUUUAUUGUUCUCAUUGUAAAAAUUAUUCACUCAAACCAAAAGCUACCGAAUUUUACAUUGGGAACUUGCUUGUGAUUAUGAAAAGGCCUAAUUAUAAAUGUGUUGGAAGAGAUUUGUUUGCCCGAAGUUCAAAGAGGGUACUUCUAUCUCCUCACAAAAUUCAGGUCUUCACACAAUAAGCAAAGCAUUUGAGUUGUUACCCUAUGUGAAAGAUACUAGUAGUUGUUGAAAGUCAAAUGGGCACCUGUGUAUAGAAGGAUAAGCAAUACAAGCAUGAAUAAUUCUGAACUGUUCACUCCCAUUCCCCCAAACAAUUUCUACCUCUGUGACAUUGAUUUUUAAAUGGUUUAAUUUGGAGGGGCACGAGGGCAUAAUCCAAAUGAAAUGAGUUACAAGUGGAAGUUAGUAAUUAAAUGUGUUAAGAUUUUGUGAAUUUAUUCUGAACAGUUAUUUGGUCGUUGGAGUAAAUGGUUGCAUUUGAUGAAUGUAUCGUUUUUAUUUCUGCCACCUCUUUGGCUUCAUCUGUACAAUUUCCAGACUUGAAAAAGAUGCAGAGACUUCCUGAACCCACGAUUACAGUAAUUUUACUUUUGCCUCAUUCUACAAAUCCCGUGCUUCACACAAAGGCCAUUUCUCCACUAUGUGAGGAAUUGAAUCAGGGUCAUAUUUAUCUGGUGUAAGAUGCUGAUGUUCUACACCAUUUUGUUAGAACUAUCAUAUUGAUUAUAUGCUCAUACAUACUUCUACACUUUUUGCGAACUAACCCUUUUUUGCAUGACAUUUCUGAAAACUUGCAGCUAAAGGUGUGAAAUCCCGCUGUUUUCCCACAGCUAAGAGAGCAAAAGAUCUUCUCUCAGGCCUUUGUCAACGCUGCUCUGAAACAGCAACUAACCUGAGUGGAAAGGUUUUCUCUAUUUUUCUUCCUCUCCUGGUGUCUCUCCUCUCAACAGCCAUUGAAUUCAUUGGCUUGUAGAAAGGAAAAAAAGCAAUUCUCUUUUUAACUACAGAUCACAAUAGCACAAACGGACUAGAUUUGUGACGUUAUUAAGGCUUUGGUUAAAGAUAUUAUGCAAUAAAUAGUAGUGUCUUAUAUCAAAAAAAUAGAAUGGUGGCGGGAAUUGGUAAAGUGUGACUUGUUUGGUGACCUGCGCAUGGGUGGUCAGCCAAUCUCAGUUGUGAUAAUCAUAAUGGUUUACAAUGCACCUCGAGGGAGGGGGAAAGAAUCAGCUGGGAUACCCUGUGAUGGUUUCAAUAAGUAUUCAUUAAUUACAGUAUGUCAAUGGUUAUGGAUUUCAAAUUGUUUUUGUGUGGAGACCAAGAACCGAUAAGGAAAAUAAUAAAUGAAUAUGCUGUCAUUUUCCAAUUGUUUUUAAAAUAAAUGAUUUAUCCAAUUACUUACCUUUAA